UUGCCCGCCAUUGGAGUCUGUCGCGGUGAAGCUUGUCGAGUUGGCUGGGUAUUUGCCACGAGGCCACGGGAGGCCAAAGGUCGCGCCCAGGUUGAGGUCUGGGGCAUCGCCGACCCAGGAGACUGCGGCAGAGUCGGGAGACUGGGCCGCCGCGAGGCCGGCACAGCCAAGAGCAGCCACGAGAUGGCACAGGGCUGGGUGCAUGGCGGCUCGGGUCUGGGUUGCAGAGCUUGCCGUCGCGUCGAGAGCGCUGCCUCACGAAAGCGGCCAUGGAUGCUCAUCAGUGCCGGGCAUGGGCAUAUUUGUAUGCAGGCCAGGGACUGGCAUCUCGACUCGGUUGACGAUGGCCCGAGGAGCAGUCGAGGGCCCUGGCAUCGUCAGGGCAGCGGGCGGCAGUGUGGAAGCGGGCUGCAAUGUUACCCCAUGGAUCGAUCGCCAUGGGCAGGCGAGCUUGCGUGCUGCAGUGAGGUCUGGUCGCGACCCCGGUUUGUGCAUGGCGUCUUUUGAGGAGCACUCGGUGCAAAGGGUGCGAUGUGCCAAUGUCCACGAAUAGAAGGCCU